CCAUCAAGAAGGCUUCACCUGGACUCUCCAGCGGUUUACUUCUUUUGAUGGUAUAUUGCUCUUUGUUGAAUUAAAAUUACAACGUUCCCAAUUGGAUUGUCCGCUCCGGAGUUUGUCUUGCCCCACACUUACUGCCGUUGCUUUUUCGUUAGAUAAAGGAAACACGGUGCCUUGUAGAAAGAAUGAAAGUCGAAACUCCGCAAAUCCUGUGGAACAACGAGGCCGACAAAGGCAUCAAUGCGCCUCUGCUAUCGAUUGAUAUACUCGAAAGUGGGCUUGCGACCCCUAACCAGAGUAACUGUGCGCAAAGCCAGUCACAGACCAAGAGCGAAAACAGAAGCAAAUACUCUCACGUGCUCGUAACCGCCGGAAAUGCCGCCAGCAUAAACCUGUGGAAGAUCUGUUUCGGGUCGCAUCGACACAAGGCGCAACAGUCGACCGAUCUGGAGAAAGACGACGCCAGCGUUGGUCUUUCGGAAUGCAACAGUAGUAUCUUUCAGAAGCAGACCAGACCACUGUUCAAUAAGAUUGACUACAUGAUGAGCCUGAACAGGCACGAUGCCACUGUAAACUGCGUUGCGUUUUCUCCUGACGGCUUGCACUUGGCUACGGCUGGUGAUUCUGGAAAUAUCAUCAUUUGGUCGGUUCCUGUCAACAAACGUGGGAACAACAACGGCCGUCAUUUCUGGUCCACCGUCACGAAAGAGAACGAUCUGAUAGUCCGCAUUGUUAGCACUCACUGCGAAGGCAUUGUCGAUCUGUCUUGGAGCGCAGACUCGAAACGCUUCACGGUUGGAACGAUCGACUCGUGCGUGUUGAUUUACGAAGACAAGCACUACGGGAUAAAUGCAUGCAGUCCGGACACGCAUCGAAAGGAGAGUGAUUGGCAACCCGUUUUUCGAAACUCAGAUCAACACGGAUCGUUUGUUCAGGGCGUGGCGUAUGAUCCUCUCGAUGUUUAUAUUGCCAGCAUGGGAGGGGAUCGGACGGUCCGAGUCUUUCCUCGAAAGACUCCGCAGAAGUCAAAAAAGAAGGUAUUGAGGCCUGCCAACGCGAGCACCUCCGUCAGAUCGAAUGCGUCUCGGUCUCUAGUCACUCCGCCCCCGCAUCAGCACCAACGUAUGGUCGCUCAGAUUCUCACCGAAGCAAAAAUUGAUAUAGGGAAACCGAAACGCAUCAAGCAACGAUUGGUAAUGGUGGAGGAUAGCACCAAUAAUGGAACUGGAAGCGACAAAAAUCAUAACAACACAAACGAGCAUCAUGUAAAGCAAAUCAAGCACAAACUGUUUGUGGAUGAAUCGAACUGCGAAUCCUUUUUCCGAAGACUGAACUGGACGGUCGAUGGGGCAUUCUUGGUGACACCAGCGGCACUUUGGCAUGAAAAUAAUGAUAUUGAUGCAGGAAAAACAACGCAAACCUCGGCAUCGACCAGUCCGUUGUUCUCUACCUAUAUCUUUGCGCGCCAUCGGUUUGAGGAACCCUAUCGAGUCUUGACCGGGUUGGAUAAACCAUCGGUGGUCGUUCGACCAAAUCCCAUCCUCUUUGAACUGCCACCUUCGGUACUCGAAGAAUCGAAGGAGAAUCAAUAUCCGUUGACUUCAAAGAGUCAAAAUGCUUCCAAGAAUUUGAUGCAUGAACAACUUCCAUCGACCAAUCCUUGCGGCCUUCCCUAUCGCUCUCUGUUUGCUGUUCUCACAUUGGAUAGCAUUCUGAUAUACGACACGCACCAUGCAGCUCCACUAUCGGUCCUUCAAGGAUUACACUAUUCGGGUCUCACGGACUGUUGUUGGUCCUCCGAUGGUAUGAAUCUCAUGGUGUGCAGCUCGGAUGGAUACAUAUCAAUUAUCAACUUUGCACCUGGGGAAUUAGGUAAUGUCUACGUCAAUCAUUCCUGUAGCGACGACGCUGCUUCGACAACAGUUCAGCCACACAGCGUGGAUAAGACAGAAGAGAACGUCGAGACGCCGGCUCCGGUCGAAUUUGAACCGCUUCCGCCGUGCGAUCAAGAUCCCAUGCCAGCGGUGCUCGUUGCUCCCGCUGCGAAAAGGGUGAAGAAAACAAGAAUCACUCCAACUCUUGUCUCUAAUUCGAUCUCAUGUCAUUCGCUGCGCACACAAGAUGAGGCGAUUGAAGCAGCAUCGACCACAAACGUGGCGGCAACAAAACGGGCGAUAUCCGAAACGGAAAUUGUUGGCGAAGCAGUCACAAAACUCUCUCUCGAUAAUAACAACAUUGGCAAAACUAUUAGUACCGAAACUAAGAAUACCGCGGAGGAAGGCAACACAUCGUCUUGUGAGAAGCCAAAAAAGAAAAAAAAGCGAGUUCAACCCCUCUUGAUAUCUAAUAACAUAUGAGAAUGUUAGAAAGCAUCAGCACGAAAAUUCCAGUCCUUGACCCUUCCAAUCAGAAGAUGAAACAUUUCGGAAAGAACUAUCUGCCCGCAAUUAUUCGAAUCGCAAGGCUUCAAUUAUUACAGAAUGGAGUGUAACAUGAAGAAAUAACCAAAUAUUACAUGGACUGCAUUAGUUGUUACGCAAUAUAUUUUCAAUUUCAUG